CUGUGGUUUAAUGUCGAAACAACACAUACGUCCAGCGUCCACCGCUUGUUUCACUGUCUAUCAACCACGCUUAGUGUGCAGAAAACGUGCACACUAAAUUGAACACAGGCUUAUUUAUUGAAAUAAUUAUAAAUUAAAGACUUCAGUGAAUUAUUUUAGGGGUUACAAUGUGUCGCACUGAAAAAUAUUGGUUGUGGAGUUUCGUCGUUGCUUUUUUUUUUGUUCAAAUCGCGCAGUGCGCUAAUUUGAGAUGUUACAAAGGGUCACUAGACAACUACAUAACAUCUCCGUUGGAAAAUGUUAUGUUCCUCGCCAACUCUUCGUGCAUAGAUCCAACUUUACCAACCGUCAUUUAUACCUUCGGGUACAGAGGUCGAGUGGACGGGCCAGCCACUAAAGCACUCAUAAGCGCGUACCUGACCAAGAAGAAGAGGAAUGUGGUGCUCUUAGACUGGGAGGAAGAGGCUAAGAGUGGAUUCUUUGGUAUACCUUUAGGGUACAUUAUUACCGCCGUUCCUAGAGCAAUGAAGUUGGGAGACAGUUUAGGAGAUGCGUUGGUGAACAUGGCGCACGCUGGCUUCAACAUGACCCAAGUCCACUUAUUGGGACACUCCCUAGGAGCUCAUGUUAUGGGGUUUGCUGGCAAAAGAGCUAGAGAACAAGGCUAUGUCGUCUCUAGGAUAACCGGCCUGGACCCCGCCCGGGCGCUAUUCGAAGGCUCUUUUGCCUACAAAGGUUUAGACCGUACGUGUGCAAGAUUCGUGGACAUCAUACACAGCGACCCCGGUGGCUAUGGCACCACAAAGUCAACAGGAACAGUCGAUAUAUGGCCCAACUACUUCGGCAGCGGUGGAGCACAGCCGGGUUGUGCUGUUGGUGAUUUUGAUAUGUUCACUCCAGAAGCAGAUACAAUCGACGAUGUUAACAUCAACAACGGAACCAAUUAUACACAAUACUUCAGAAUGAUCACUAAUGUGAUUAAUAAAGUGAAGCCCAAUCUAUGCAAUCACGAUCGGUCGUGGCAGUAUUUCGCUGAAUCUAUAAUCCAUCCGACCAUGUUCCCGGCCGCUGCAGCCACUGACUACGACAGUUGGGUCCACAGCAACAAAUCUGCAGAUAUCGUUUAUUUAGGAGACUUGACGAAUAUACGAGCCAGAGGUAAUUUUUACCUAUCGACAAAUUCGAGACCUUUCUAUGGAAAAGGGAAGGCAGGCCUGCAACCCAAUAACCAAGCGAGUGUGACGCGCAGACAUUUAUCACUCUCCAGAUUUCUCAAAUACCUUAGAUGAUAAUUAGAUAAUUAAUGAUUGUUAAAAUAUUAUAUAGGCUGUUAUUGAUAGUAUUAUGUAGGUACUUAUUAAUAAUAUUACAGUUGAGUACAUUUGUUACAUACUCGUACCUCAUAAAUCCAAAGAUAAUUCUGUUAUUUGUACCAAUAUUAAAAGCUAUCAAGGGCAUAUGGAAUCUACAGAUAAGAUAUACACAAAUGAAGUCAAAUUCAUCAGCACCCUUUUAAUAAUGUUCUAAUAGUGAAGCAGUGGCUGAUGUAAAUGUACAAGAUUUACUGUGUUCACAUUUACAUCGAUGGCGCCUCUAGCGGAUAGUUUCGGAAACUCAAAUCUGUAUACUAACUUAUUAAUGCUGACAUAAAUUAGUAUGUAGAUUUAAUUAAACAAUCUUUGUACAACUCACAAUGAGUACUUUGAAUAUUUUUUUCAAAGAAAUAUAAGGUUAAAAUAAAAUUCUGAAUCUCGUGUACCAAACACUUGUUAGUAUAUGAGAUUCAAAUAUAAAAAAUAAAUAUAUAAUUAAUUUAAAAGUUACUAUUUUAUACGGCGUUUCCGUCUGUCGAAUGAAUAUGGGGAGCUUUUAAAUUUCAGUACUGAGUGCCUCUCUCACUAAUCUGACAGCUACACGCGCCAUGUUUGUAUGGGAGAAUCAAAUUUAAUUAUCGAAUUAAGAUUUCUUUUUUUGAAAUUUUUUUUCUGCUCGAACACUCCCUUAAAAAUGAAAAUGAUUUCUAUUAGACCCAAUACAGACAUAACCUUAAAUAGCAAAUAAGCCUUAGAUAUCCUUCGAGUUCCAGACAGUGCCCUAACAAGCUCCACUUACCAAACAAAGACUAGCGAAUAGCGCAAGCGAGGUACCGUUCCAUUAUCAUCCAUUAAAAAACAAUCUUACCAAACAAAGGCGAAGCUGGAGGUAAAGGGAUUGCUAGUAAUGGGGUCUAAUUGCUCCACUGCUAGUAAUAUACCCUAUCAGGUCGACGUCUACAUGGUCACCACUGGAAAUCGUCGUUAUUAAUUCUUACUGAAUUCGGGAGGAUGAGCUAACUGAUUUGCUUUCAUCCUCACCAUCCAUUAUAACCCAUUGAAAAAGACGCCCUUGUCUUUAUAGUAACUUAAAAAGUAUUACCUAAUAAUAGUCCUACCUAAAGUGGGUUUUUUAUAUAUUAUUUUGUUGCUACUGUCCAAGUUUUAAUAACAUUUAUACAAUUAUUUAUACAAAUCCUUGCUCUAUUUCAAUGAAAAAAAUAAUAAUAUAUUGUUUAUUUCACUAAAAAUAUAGUAGGUUUUAAUUAUAGACACUGGAGUCGAUUCUGAAGUAUCAAAUCUCAAUUUCUAACAUUAAAAUUAAAAUAAAAAAAAAGAAUAUUAAAUUAUUUGUAAAUUUGCGUCAGAACAGAAUAUUUAAUUGUCUAUGGUCCAUACUGUAAUAGUUUUGUUCAAGUACCAAAUUAAAACUACAAUUUAUUUUUUUAAAGAUAAGUUUAGGCAACAGUACUUCAAAGUCGACCUCAGUGUGAUGUGAAGAACCGGUACCGGCACCUUUACAACCUUACUACCGUGAUACCAUAGAAAUGAUUAUAUAAUACAAACAAAGCAAAAAUAAAGCCUUAUAAACCGGU